UUGUGUGCUCGUCUGUAAACUAAUACCGGAUAUAGACGACUAAAAUUUGCGAUACUUUGUGUGGUGCAUAUAUUGGAAAGUGACUGAGCAGUGUUUUACUAGUAUUAUCCUGAUUUAUAAAGGAAUGGAGGAAGCCACUCCUGCAUCAAGUGCUCUCCGUGGAAGUCCAUUAACCUACUGAUUCAACUUAAAGAUUAAAUUACAAUGGAGGAGAAAAUCACGAAAAUAAUAUUUAUCCUGAUAACUUUGGCCCUAGUGAAUGAAAUGUCAAUUAACGUUUUAGCAAAGGAGAAUAACAAACGGAGAUUUCGAGAUAAAACUGGGGGAUUUCGAAAGAAUAUCUGUGACGUCACAGACCGCGAAUCCAAAGUUCAUUGCUAUUGUGAAAAUUCCAGAGAACUGAAGAAUGCGACAAAAGCAGAAUGUUGGGUAUUCAAUAGUGGCAUUUCAAAGGACGAUGUAAUCUGGCAAAGUUUUGCCUCCCAGCCGACUUUAAAAACAUUAUCGUUCAGCAUCAGAGUGGAUGGCACAUUGAGUUAUAUACCAUCGAAAGCGUUACAAUACUUAAAAGAUCUCAGAUCUAUUACCAUUAGAUACGCAGCUAUAACUGAUAUCACUCCUUACGCUUUCAAUAAUUUAACAAAUUUAACUGAAAUAAUUUUACCUCAAAACGAAAUAGAAUCUUUUCAUCAGCACGCCUUUGCUCAUUUACCAAAUUUAACUCUGAUAAAUCUAGAAGAUAAUAUGAUUACAGAAAUUGGUACAGAAGUGUUUUACGAUUUGCCGGAGCUACAGAGGAUUGUGUUUACAAAGAACAACAUAUCGUCAAUAGCAAACGGCGCAUUUCAGUACAUGUACAAGCUAUUAGAUUUGUUCUUGAAUAGAAACAACAUAUUCCAUAUGAACCGGCACACCUUUGAUGGAUUAGCAAACUUACGGAAAUUGGAUCUUCGACAAAAUCACAUUCACAAUUUAACCGAAUUCACGUUUGCCGAGUUGUGGAAUUUACAGGAACUGUUAUUAGGAAAAAACAACUUGAAAUUCGUUUCUGAGAGAGCCUUCGACGGUUUAUCCCAACUCAAAAAGUUAUUACUGGAUGACAAUAAAUUAGUUACGCUACCUUCAGGUUUAUUUGCCGGCGUGAGGGGCUUAAUCUCCCUGGAUUUACGUUCCAAUGAACUAUAUACAUUAACUUUGGAUAACAUCAGACCCAUAUUGGACAAUCUAAAGUCACAAAACAGUAAUUUGUUACUUCAAGAAAACAAUUUUGUAUGCGACUGCAGAUUAAAAUGGAUCCACUCGCUACGCAACGAAACGCAAAGUCAGAACACAAUACUGGCUCUAGAUAAUAUCACGUGUACCAUGGACCCCAAUCUAGUCAGCUCCACUUACACCAAAACAUUUCAUGUCAUAGAAAGUAAAAAGGAACAAAACGACGAGAUACUGCAAGCAGAUAUCAUUACUGGACCGUUAAAAGAGAAGAUAAACGUAACGGAUAAAGAAAACAUGUACAAGAAUAAAUAUUCAGACAGUAGAAAAGUGCCCACAAAGGUAUCCUUAACGAGAACUUUCUUCAAUAUACCGCCAGAGAAUUUGCCUUGUCCCAGAGAACCAAUCAAGACUACAGAACCGCCACAAAUUAUAAUGGAUCCAGUCAUGCCACUGCAGAAUAAAAUAAAAACGAAUAGACAUCAAGAGAUGAACUCUGCUAACAGAUUGUUUCGGAUAGCAAUUGUUUUCUUAGUUCCUGUUGUGUGCACUCUCGUGUAGUCAAUUGCGUGAAAUUAGUGAUUAUAUUUAAGUAUGGUACAGACUAUAAAGCCACUAGUAUAAAGAUUGUACUGUAACAAAUUAAUAUGCACUUAAACGUUUAUGCAAAAGGAAAUUGUGAUUAUUAUUAUCAUUUCAAUGUCGUAUCGUAAUAUUAAUGUUAGCUAGAUUAAUGUUGUAAAAUAAUAUCAUCUUACAAAACUAUACAGAAUCAUUGGUAAGCUGUUGCUUUUCCUAACAUCAAACUUAAAUUAAUAUUGUAUAUAGUGACGUCAUUUCUUUCAUAUUUAUUUAUAACUGCUGUUUCCGCGACUUCGUCCGCGUGGAAUUUAACUUUAAUUUUCUAAAAUAGAAG